AUGGUGGUUAAAGUGGGACUCGGGAUAUCUGGCCCAGCCUGCCAAUCACAGCGAAGGCCUUCGCCAACACCCUCUACAGGCAAGAGCCUUUUCUCCACCAACUACCUGAUGCUCGCGACCGUUUUCUCUGCCGGCUUCGCUUGGGAGAUCGGCUUCAACAACGUUAUGGACAAGGUCUGGGACAACAACAACCGAGGCCGACAAUGGAAGGACAUUCGACACAAGUUCAUUGAGGGUGGCGAUGAGGACGAGGAAUAA